UUAUAAUAUUAAAAUUAAAUAAUUUACUUUGUAAAUAUAGAUAUCGAGAUAUUAAAGAUAACUAAUUAUAGAAAUAAUAUGUAAUUAGUUCAGUAAAACCCAAAAAUUACUCUCUCUUGUUAUCUUUCUUUGAGAAUAAAAUAGAGUAAUUAGGUCAAUGGCAUGGAUUAGUCGGCUGUUUUCCUGUAGCAUCUUUAGUUAACUUAAAUAAGUUGUACUUCGGCGCGUCUGCCACCUGACAAAAUCUGGUCACCGCCCAUUCCCUAAUUUUGAAAUUUUGAAAUGGGGGCGGAACUCGACCGCGCGGUGAUCGUAAUCCACCUCCCACAACAUUUCAGCCGCAGUUUGGAGUCCGCCACAUAUAUCGAACCCGUCUAUUCCUACUUACCCAGCCGCUGACCAAUCGCCGAUCUCGACGCCACCAGUUCCGGAUCUUAUCUCGCUCACCAUCUCGGACGACGACGAAGAGGAGAUCAGGGAAGGGGUAGAGGAAGAGGAAGAGGAAGCGAGAGAUCUGAAGCAGUUUUCUUGAAUGCUUUUCCUUCCAUCUCUCUUACCUUUCCUGGGUCUGAUUUGGCCUCUUUUGUGUUGAGUUGGGAGUUUGGAGUAAAAGGAGGAGAAUCUGAAGCCUUUUUUGGUAAGAAAUAAUGCUUAGCAAGCUGCUCUUUGUUCGUUAGUUUGUCUCAGGCUUUUCUCCUUGUUUGGGACUUGAAGGGGACCAAGAGAAGUAAAGGAUCUUGAAUGUUAUCUGUGAUCGGCAGGAAAGAAGAAAGAAAUAGAGAAGAAUCGGAAGCUAAUUCGUGGUGGAAAGAAUGGCCGAGACGAGGCAGGGGGUGAAUCGGGGCGGGGAGACCACGGGAAGCGCCACCAACCUGGGGUUCUGGAUCCGGAGGGCUGCUUACCUAGCGUCGAGGACGGGAUCGAGAUCAACGCGUGUCCAGAGUGUGGUGUUCGCCACCGACGACAAGGAGAACGUCACCCCGUCGCGGGCAGCGCGACGCCGUGGCCGGACGAGGAAGAGUCCUCUGCCCGAGUGGUAUCCUCGUACGCCUCUCCGCGAUAUCACCGUCAUCGUCAAUGCUUUGGAGCGGAGAAGGAUGCGUGUAAGGGCUGCUGCUACGGCCCGGCAAAGCACCUCCGACCCUGAACCAGCAGCAGUUGAGAAGGGUCUCCUCGAUUCCUCUUCCAGCACUGCAGCUGCCGGCCGUUCCUCCGUUUCUGCAACGGAGCAACCACCCCAGAUAUGUUCGUCUUCCAACGCCUCAUCUCCUAGGGAGGAUCCACCCGAUCAACCAACCGAAUACGAGAAGAACUUGGAGAUUUAUAUCGGUGAGAUGGAGAGGCUUGUGACGGAGAACCUGAAGAGGUCGCCGAUGCCGCCUGCGAAACGGGCCAAGCGCACUCUCAUCUCGAUGCGAUGAGCGGAAGAUUUCGUUUCCCCUUCUUAGCCACCACUCUCAUCUGCUUAGUUUCGGGCUGCUGCUGCCGAUGAUGAUCCUGCCAGUUUUGCAAGCAUACGUCUCUAACCCAUGUAAAUAUGAGGCCGUCUCUUCACCGACUGUCAUUCCUCAGUAGCAAUAUUGGAUAGUGUCUUUUUAGUAUGAUAGAACAUGAUUUCAUUUCGCAUGAACACUCCACAGGGAAAAUUGUUCUAUUUCGCAUGAAUGACAUGUUGUAAGCCACUAGAAUUAUCCCCCUUUCCCUACAUAAAAUCUCGGAUAACGUUAUUAAUACUAUUGCAAA